GCCAUGCUUACUCCUCACAGCAGCAAAAACGAUCUAGUGCAGCAGCAGCUUGCUCUCUCCUCCAUCUAGUAGAAGAAGCAACAGCAAUGGCGGCCACAACAAUGACGCUCUCCACCCCGGCCAUGAAGCUGGCCCGCGCCGCCACGGUCCUCGGCGGCGGGCGCAUCACCAUGCGCAAGAGCGUGGCGAAGGCAAGCAGCUCCUCCGGCAGCCCGUGGUACGGCUCUGACCGCGUGCUCUACCUCGGCCCGUUAUCAGGCGACCCGCCAAGCUACCUGACCGGCGAGUUCCCCGGCGACUACGGGUGGGACACCGCGGGGCUCUCGGCCGACCCCGAGACUUUCGCGAAGAACCGCGAGCUCGAGGUGAUCCACUGCCGCUGGGCCAUGCUCGGCGCACUCGGCUGCGUGUUCCCCGAGCUGCUCGCCCGCAACGGCGUCAAGUUCGGCGAGGCCGUUUGGUUCAAGGCUGGCUCACAGAUCUUCAGCGAGGGCGGCCUCGACUACCUUGGCAACCCAAGCCUUGUUCAUGCUCAGAGCAUCCUUGCUAUUUGGGCCUGCCAGGUCGUGCUCAUGGGUGCCGUUGAGGGGUACCGUGUUGCUGGCGGCCCACUUGGGGAGAUCGUCGACCCGCUUUACCCGGGAGGCAGCUUCGACCCACUGGGCCUUGCUGAAGACCCAGAAGCGUUCGCUGAGCUCAAGGUGAAAGAGAUCAAGAAUGGCCGGCUCGCCAUGUUCUCCAUGUUCGGGUUCUUCGUCCAGGCCAUUGUCACCGGCAAGGGCCCCCUCGAGAACCUUGCCGACCACCUUGCCGACCCUGUUAACAACAAUGCGUGGGCCUUCGCCACCAACUUCGUCCCCGGCAAGUAAGCGUUAGAAGAUCGAGUUGUGAGGAGAGUAAUAUAUGUAUAGACAGACAUACUCUCAGGAUGAUGUAUGAUUAAGACGAUGGGAUCGUUAACGUGCUUGUACACUACAAAAAGAUGAUGCUGUUUGCAGUUGUGCCCUGUUUGGAACAUGAAAUGUUUGCAAGGAAAAUGCAGGACUCUCAGUUCUAUAUGAACAGGAUGAUGUUUUUCUUUU